CGGGCGCGCGCGGCCUCUCGGGGGUCCCCGGCAGGUGUGGGGGCGCCCCAGGGGCAGCCGGAUCCGACGGAAGUUGCUCCCCGCGGCGCGAGGGCCCCGGGCAGCCCCCCGGACCCCCGACGCGCGCCCGGGGCCGGCGAGAGCGCACCGGGCCGGACGGAGGCGCCCCCCGCGCUGUCCGGAUAGGCACCUGCCGGCGUCUGGGGCGCCCGGGACGGCGGAGACCCCCCAACACCGCGCCCCGGCCCCGGCCCAGCUCGUCCGCCCAGCCUCGGGGUCCCGGGACCGGCCGGCCGCCGCGGGGCCCCGGCGCGCGCCCUGGCCCGCCGGUAAUGGACGGCCCGGUGGAGACCCGGCUCUGCGGCCGCCGCGUUGGUCCGAGGGUCUGAAGUCCCUGGAGGAUGACCUAGCACUUCAGCGCCCCGAGGGCCCCCGUGGACGCGCCCCAACGACCCGGAGCUGCGAGGCCCGACGGCACCCGCACUCGCCGCCCCGCACCGUCGGCGCCCGCGCCCCGGACCAGGCGCGCCUCUCGAACUCUCGUCUCGUACAAUCGUUUCUUUUCGAGGAAGGGUUUUUUUUUAUUUCUUUUUUUGCGUUUUUGUUGACUUUUUUUCCGGAGAAGGGAAUUUUGGGGGGAACGAAAGGAAGAACCGCUCACCCGGGACUACAGUAAGGGGCGUCAGGGCUGCCGGCCGGAGUCGGAGGCCCGGGGUCCAGGAUGGAUGCGGCGGACCCGCAGCAGCUGGGCAUAUUUACGGAGGGCGAGCUGAUGUCCGUGGGCAUGGACACGUUCAUCCACCGCAUCGACUCCACCGAGGUCAUCUACCAGCCCCGCCGCAAGCGGGCCAAGGUCAUCGGCAAGUACCUGAUGGGGGACCUGCUCGGGGAGGGGUCGUACGGCAAGGUGAAGGAGGUGCUGGACUCGGAGACGCUGUGCAGGAGGGCCGUCAAGAUCCUUAAGAAGAAGAAGUUGCGGAGGAUCCCCAAUGGGGAGGCCAACGUGAAGAAGGAGAUCCAGCUCCUGAGGAGGCUGCGGCACCGGAACGUCAUCCAGCUGGUGGACGUGCUGUACAACGAGGAGAAGCAGAAGAUGUAUAUGGUGAUGGAGUACUGCGUGUGCGGCAUGCAGGAGAUGCUGGACAGCGUGCCUGAGAGGCGGUUCCCCGUGUGCCAGGCCCACGGGUACUUCUGCCAGCUGGUGGACGGCCUGGAGUACCUGCACAGCCAGGGCAUCGUGCACAAGGACAUCAAGCCGGGCAAUCUGCUGCUCACCACCGGCGGCACGCUCAAGAUCUCCGACCUGGGCGUGGCCGAGGCCCUGCACCCAUUUGCCGAGGACGACACCUGUCGGACGAGCCAGGGCUCCCCUGCGUUCCAGCCGCCCGAGAUCGCCAACGGCCUGGACACCUUCUCUGGCUUCAAGGUGGACAUCUGGUCAGCAGGGGUCACGCUCUACAACAUCACAACGGGCCUGUACCCGUUUGAGGGGGACAACAUCUACAAGCUGUUUGAGAACAUUGGGAAGGGGGACUACACGAUCCCGGGCGACUGCGGCCCCCCGCUCUCGGACCUGCUGAGAGGGAUGCUGGAGUACGAGCCGGCCAGGAGGUUCUCCAUACAGCAGAUCCGGCAGCACAGCUGGUUCCGGAAGAAGCACCCGCCGGCCGAGGAGCCGGUGCCUAUCCCGCCGAGCGCGGACUGCAAGGACCGGUGGCGCGGCAUGACGGUGGUGCCCUACCUGGAGGACCUGCACGGCUGCGCCGACGACGCGGAUGACGACCUCUUCGACAUCGAGGACGACAUCAUCUACACUCAGGACUUCACGGUGCCCGGUCCCGGAGGAGGAGGUCGGUCAGAACGGACAGAGCCGGGGCCUGCCCAAGGCCGUGUGCAUGAACGGCACGGAGUCGGCCCAGCUGAGCACCAAAUCGAGGGCGGAGCGCCGGGCCAGUGCCGCCUCCAACCCUGCCCGCAAGGCCUGCUCAGCCAGCAGCAAGAUCCGCCGGCUGUCGGCCUGCAAGCAGCAGUGAGCACGGCUGCCCGCAGGGAGCUGCCCCUGGACCACCUUGCGGUGCUUGUCUGCCAGCAUCAGAACCAGCUUGGAGGGAGGCCCGCAGGCAGAGGUGGGAGCAGGGGGUUGAUCCCACCAGGCGGGGAGACUCACAGGGCAGCCCUCGCAUCAGCGCAGCCUUUCCUGGGCUCCAAACGGCUGACAGCCCCGUGUGAUCCAGCCUCAGUCUCCCCGCUCCACAGUGGGCCUCAAGGAUGCAGAGCGUUUGCUGGGCCAGGAGUGACCCCUCUUCUGCCCCUGUCUACAGCCUGUCUCCAGGAGCCCCAGCCAGGUGCCACGGCCUGGGUCCUCCUCCGUCUUCCUGCCGAAUGCUGGCCCACCACCCAGGAGGGCCACCACGCUCUCCAUGCCGACCGCCUGGGGAAGCCGGGGGUCCUGGAGGGUGGGGCUGGGGGACAGCAGGGACUGGGGUCCGGCCCCCCUCGAGGCCCGUGGACAUGACCCCCUGUUGACUGCAAUCCUGUGCUGAGCCCCUCCCCUGGCCGGGCGGAGGGCAAGGGCCCGGCGGGGGCCUGGAAGCCUGCCACGCACUUUAAGUCCAGACUACUGGUCCCGCCGCCCCACUUCUCUUCUCACUGGCCGCCUAGCACCUCCCGCCUAGUGAAGCAUUCAGACACAGCCAGCCCAGCCAGAGCCGGCGAGGAGCAGGCCUGUCCACUGAGAUGCAUGCCCAGCGCCAGGGAGCCAGCGGCCAUCUUGUUUUUCUUGUUUGGUUCCUUUUCCCUUUUUUUUUUUUUUAAGAAAAAAUAAAACAGGUGGAUUUGA